AUGAGCGGGGAUAACACUGCCUUUUUCUAUGAGGUCUUCUACAGCGUCUGCUACGGUGACGCAAACCCGCCAGAUGCCAUCAAGAAGCUUCACACGUUCUCCCCGGCCAUACUCCAUGGCUACUGCCGACACCGAGUCAAGUCAGCCGACUAUCCUGCCAUAAUCCAGGAGGAAGGACACUCUGUACGCGGGAUCUACGCAACGGGCCUCACAGAUGCCAACUUGGUCAAGCUCGACUAUUUUGAGGGGUCCGAGUACGAGCGGAAAGGCGUCAAGGUCAGACUUGUCCAGGAUGGGACGGCGUUGACGGGCGGCGAGGAGAAGGACGCCGUUGCGUACGUGUUUUUGCUUUCCAACCGUCUGGAGCGGGGUGAAUGGGACUUUGAACACUUUCGCAAGGAAAAGAUGAUGUUUUGGUCCAGUGACCCCAGCGACAGAGCCGUGGUUAGUUAG